CAUUCUAUUACACCUACAAUACCUUCCUCUUCCAGCACCAAGUAACUGCAAAACAAAUACAAACACUGCUAUUACUGAAUAAACAGUGGCAGUGUCUUGUAUGUUAAUGAAUCACACAGAAAGCACACGGGAGCACAGAAAGCACACAGGGAUAUUCCCAGGACCUGAGACAGGGUCUGAUUAACAGCUCUGCUUUGUCAAGUCACUUCUGUGUCUGGUAUCUCUUUUAGAGGUCUGCAGUGUUGAGAGAGUCAGUCUAGGAAUUCACAAGCUACAACGUAAAGGCUUUUCCCACAUGAAACUUUGCAAAGGUCCAUUGGCAUUCCUUAAUUUUUUCCCAGCCUCUGCUUGAAGCGAAGGCUCUGGAGGGCGGGCUGCUGCGCACAUCCCUGGAUUUGGAGCUGGACCUGCAGGCAUCCCGGACCAGGGAGAGCCGGCUCAGCCAGGAGGUCCUGGUGCUGCGGGAGCUGAAGGAGCAGCUGGAGCAGGCGAAGGCACGGGGGCACACGGAGCUGCCCGAGUGGGUCAGCGAGGAUGAGAGGUUCAGACUGCUCCUCAGACAAGCAGAGAAACAGACUCCAGGAGAGCACACGCAGGAGCAGCGAGUGGAGAGGAUGAUGAAGACGGCAGCUAAGGACGUGCACAGGAUACGAGGGCAGAGCCACAAGGGGGAUCUGGAGGUGCAGAGUUUCCGAGAGAAGAUGGCAUUUUUCACCCGAGCGAAGAUUAAUAUACCCGAUCUACCUGUGGAGGAUGUUUAAAACUCUUCAAGUAUUUCAAAGUUCAACUGCUGUAUUUCAUGGAUACCCAGACUGAUUUUAUUUGUGGUGGUUUUAUGAAGAAAAGAAAUAUAUGUACAUGAGAAAUCGAUGCUCACCCUUUGAAUGUACAGAUCUGUUAGAGUUUUAUUUGUCAUUUGUUCGGCUGUGUAGUUUUUGUAUAAAAUGCACAAAGAACAAAAACAGUUUGAACUACUUUUUGUCACUUGUACUAAUUAUUUUAAUGUGUGUUUUUAUGCUAUUUUAACAUUAUUGGAAGAGUUACACUCCUUAUUUAACUGAGAACAAUUGAGAGGGGAGAAGUGAGCUGCAGCAUCGAUGUGCAUCUCAAUUGAGGGGAGAGAAGUGAGCUGCAGCAUCGAUGUGCAUCUCAAUUGAGAGAAGUGAGCUGCAGCAUCGAUGUGCAUCUCAAUUGAGAGGGGAGAGAAGUGAGCUGCAGCAUCGAUGUGCAUCUCAAUUGAGAGAAGUGAGCUGCAGCAUCGAUGUGCAUCUCAAGUCUUGUGGGAUUUCUUACAGGACAGUAUAAACUAUACAGCAAGUGUUCCAAUAGGGAGCAGCCAUUCUCAAUCCCUGACUGCUGGCAUGCACAGGACUCUGUGACGGUCACAGUGCUGUGCAGCACCACAGCACAUACGGAAUUGCCUUUACUGUCGAUAUUACAUGUAUGUAUGUAUAAAAGCUUUGUUUCAUUGGGAUCGAAAUAAGACUCCCAUUGCAUAGCAGUUUGAUCCACUCAUGGUUUAAUCCGACACGCCUGAUCUUGUUACCUGUACACUGUGUCUGAUUGUAUUAAAACCUGGAAUGGGUGAAACUGCUGUGCAAUAGGAGUCGCAUUGCCAUCCCUGACUGCAUUUAGUGAAACGCCAGGACAAGCUAUUAGGUAUUGAAUCACUCUAAAGGAAAUCCCCAGCGCCUAGCGUUUUGUUUCCUUCAGUACUGCACUGUAGAGCCGGGUCUCUCGUACUUGUUUUCAUUAGGUAGUUGUUUAGUGUUUUGGACACCAGCAUACCUCAGGUACUGUGAAGUAACAGACAUGCACUUUUUCAAUGUUAGUUUCCUCGUGUUGCUGUUCAUGUGUCGGUGGCUCCCCUUUACUGAUUCAUUUGGUUAAAUUCUCCAUGGAAAAGCUUUCCAAAGAAAAACCCUUACUGGUACCAGCAGAGUGUUUCUGAUGAUAGGAAGUAUGAUCUGUGUAUGUUCUUCACAUGUGUGUUUAGUUUUUGUGUCGAUCUUCAUUUUGAAGUUGCAGCACUCGAUUGAUUCCUUGUCAGUGUUUCAGUUUUGUAUUAUUUCCUACAGGCCACUGUUUUCUUUUCUAGCAAGCUAUGUGACUGGAAUGUAGUCAAAUAAUUUUUUUGUUUUUCCCCUGCAAUUUUUGAAGGACGAUGAUAUUUCAAUAAGAAAAUAGUCUGAGCACAAGUGCUGUAUCUGUCGGAUAAGGCUUUGUUUCAUUGCAUUCCAAACGAAUUGUUCAUUCUUAUUGUAGGCAAAGGAAUAGUGAGAAGCAAGUAGAACUGGGAGAUGGAACGAGAUCAAAGGCAUCGACUCAGGCUGUGCUACAGAGCUAGGGCGUGGGAACAGGGGAACAGGGGUUACUGUGAAACUUAAAUAAUGUGUGAAAGACUACUGAGUCUGCGAAUGCAGACGAGCCCGGCUCUUUUGCAUUGUGGUUAAGGCGCUUGCUCGCGGUGUGUGGGGUCGCCGGGUCACUCCCAGACUCCACCCUGUUAAUAUAUAUAUAUAUAUAUAUUAAGCUACGCUUUUGGAACAAUGAUGUAAUCCUUCUUGAUUUUGUGUUUUUGUUUAACACUGUAUUGAUGUACAUGAUAAUCCUUAUGUCAGCUGUUCCUCAAGCAUGUGAUUGCCUUGAGCUCCCAUUUGUAUUUGUUUUCACAUCAGUGUGUUUGCCUGGCUGUGCUGUGCUGAUAAGCUUCUCGUUCUUGAAACGAGUUCCCCUUGUAAACCAGGAUGCCCUUCCGAGUGCAAACAGAUUCAGCCGCAGGCUUCUCCCCUCCACACCUUUAUACUGGAGCUGAGCCAGACUCCCAGAGAGGGGGCGCUGUCCUGUCUUACACUGCUUCAGCUCAGCUGCAAGGAGGACUGCAGCCACUAGAACGCUCCUAGGUAGACUCUUAGAAUGCUCCUAAAUUGCUGCUAAGCAACCAGAGCAGCUUGGCAUGGCUCUUUUCCUUUAAUAGAUAUAUUUUCUAAUCUUUUUUUUAACACUGCUUCUGCUGUUUCCUCUGUGUUCUGUGUUUGCAUAAAGAAUAAGCCUCCCUUUGUUUCAUUUUCCAUCUCAUGACAUUAACAUUCUAUAUACUGAAUAGCAAGGUUAACUCUCCCAUCCGCCUUCCUACUGUGUCUCAGUGCUGGCUCUCCAGGCAGUACAGAUCCACAUGCAUGUGUGCUGUGUCUCAGUGCUGGCUCUCCAGGCAGUACAGAUCCACAUGCGUGUGUGCUGUGUCUCAGUGCUGGCUCUCCAGGCAGUACAGAUCCACAUGCAUGUGUGCUGUGUCUCAGUGCUGGCUCUCCAGGCAGUACAGAUCCACAUGCAUGUGUGCUGUGUCUCAGUGCUGGCUCUCCAGGCAGUACAGAUCCACGUGCAUGUGUGCUGUAUCUCAGUGCUGGCUCUCCAGGCAGUACAGAUCCACGUGCAUGUGUGCUGUGUCUCAGUGCUGGCUCUCCAGGCAGUACAGAUCCACAUGCAUGUGUGCUGUAUCUCAGUGCUGGCUCUCCAGGCAGUACAGAUCCACAUGCAUGUGUGCUGUGUCUCAGUGCUGGCUCUCCAGGCAGUACAGAUCCACGUGCAUGUGUGCUGUGUCUCAGUGCUGGCUCUCCAGGCAGUACAGAUCCACGUGCAUGUGUGCUGUGUCUCAGUGCUGGCUCUCCAGGCAGUACAGAUCCACAUGCAUGUGUGCUGUAUCUCAGUGCUGGCUCUCCAGGCAGUACAGAUCCACAUGCAUGUGUGCUGUGUCUCAGUGCUGGCUCUCCAGGCAGUACAGAUCCACGUGCAUGUGUGCUGUGUCUCAGUGCUUUCCAGGCAGUACAGAUCCAUGUGCAUGUGUGCUGUGUCUCAGUGCUGGCUCUCCAGGCAGUACAGAUCCACGUGCAUGUGUGCUGUGUCUCGGUGCUGGCUCUCCAGGCAGUACAGAUCCACAUGCAUGUGUGCUGUAUCUCAGUGCUGGCUCUCCAGGCAGUACAGAUACACUCAUUCCAAGAGUUCUCAGAUCCAGGCUGGUUUUCUUGCACUUAUUGGAUUUUCGUGUCCUGAUUUUGUUUGGAUGAUUUGUAGAAGCUGUGAAUUUUAAUCAUGCCAGGUACGUUCACCAGUCCUGUAAAUAAUACUUCACCAGCAGCACAAACAAUGUUUUGUAGUUAAAGAAAUAAAAAUCUAUCCAUUGUU